UUUCCAUUUUCCUGCUGGACGGACGUCGGGAGCAUGGCGGGAAAGCGCAAGCAGACGACGAGCGAGGACAAGCCGGCGGCAAAGCGUGCGACACGCGCGUCCAAGAAGGCUGACGACGCUACGGACGAAGUGCCCGCGUCGGCGCCCAAGAAGGCGCAGGCCGCUGGCUGGGACUUUCUGAAAGCACCCAAGGGCGACCAGCUCAAGAAGCCAGCCAAGAAGGCCGCAGCGCCGGUCGCCGAUGCCGAGUUCCCGCCGCUCGCUGACGAAGACCUGAAGGUCUUUGACGGCGUCAUUCCCGCGCCGUCUUCGUCGGCGCAAUACCGCGUUCUCGCCUGGAACGUCAACGGGCUUCGUGCCGUCCUCAAGAAGGACAACUACUUUCGUGCAUAUAUUGCGCGCGAAGACCCGGACGUGUUGUGCUUGAGCGAGACCAAGAUCGACGACGCGUCGCUCGGCGCGGUGCGCAACAUCCUGCCGCAGUACGGGCACCAGUACUGGAAGUGCGCGACGCAAAAGGGGUACUCUGGCACGGCCAUGUUCUCCAAGACCAAGCCCCUGCGCGUCCUUGACGAAAUCACGGUCGAUGGCCAAGUCGACGACGAAGGCCGCUUCCUCGCGCUCGAAUUUGAGAAAUUUUGGCUUGUACACACCUAUGUGCCCAACGCGGGCCAAAAGCUGGACCGCCUCGAGUACCGCACGAAGAAGUGGGACACGGCUCUCUUUGCCAAGCUCAAGGAGCUCGAAGCAACCAAGCCCGUCGUAUGGUGUGGCGACUUGAACGUCGCGUACGAAGAGAUCGACAUCCACGACCCCAAGGGCAAUCGCAACAAGUCGGCGGGCUUUACGGACGCCGAACGCGAGAGCUUUGGGUCGCUCCUCGCCGACGGAUUCGUCGACACGUUCCGGUCCAAGUACCCCGAGACGCAGACGUUUUCGUAUUUUUCGUACCGGUUCGGGGCGCGCGAAAAGAACAAGGGCUGGCGCCUCGACUACUUUGUCGCGUCGAAAGCUCUCUUGCCACACGUCGAGGACUCUGCGAUCCGGUCGGCGAUCACAGGCAGCGACCACUUGCCAAUUGCCCUCACCUUGAGUGGUUUGGACGCCUAAACGUUCCAAGUGGUCGCCUCCAAGACCAUAACAAGACAAGACAGCAUUUUGUGGUCCAUCGC